AUGGCUGGUAAGCAGUCAUGGACGUCGCACUUCAUACCACGGAAGCUGCUGUUUUACUUCAUUUUCCAUGGGUUGCACAUUUUCCUUUUCGCCUUUGGAUGGUACAAGCAAGAAACCGAACCGAGACUGGCUGCUUUGAACGGUCUCAAGUUCUCCGUAUGGAUCUCGCGUGGUGCUGGGCUGGUCUUGUCUUUCGACGUUCUCUUCAUUCUCCUGCCCAUGUGCCGAACCUUGCUCCGUGUCAUCCGUCCCAAGAUUCGGUGGCUACCUCUCGAUGAGUCCCAAUGGUUUCACAGACAAGUCGCCUAUGCCAUGGUCUUCUGGACCGCCGUCCAUGUCCUUGCCCACUACGUAAACUUCUUCAAUGUCGAAAAAACCCAAGUCCGCCCCGAGCUGGCUCUCCAGAUCCACUACACGCAAGCCGGAGGGAUUACCGGUCACGUCAUGCUUCUCUGCAUGCUACUUAUCUACACGACUGCACACCACAGGAUACGUCAACAGUCUUUCGAGACGUUCUGGUAUACUCACCACCUGUUCAUUCCAUUUCUCCUCGGCAUGUAUACGCACGCUACGGGAUGUUUCGUUCGAGACAGUGUAGACCCAGUAUCUCCAUUCGGCGGUGCCAACUUUUGGAACCACUGCAUUGGAUAUCAGGGUUGGCGCUGGGAGCUCUGGGGCGGCGGCAUCUAUCUGUUCGAGCGUCUCUACCGUGAGGUGAGAGCCAGGCGCGAUACACGGAUCGUCAAGGUUGUGAGGCAUCCGUAUGACGCCGUCGAGAUCCAAUUCGUCAAGCCCUCCUUCAAGUACAAGCCGGGCCAAUGGCUGUUCAUUAACUGUCCGUCUGUCAGCGGCUACCAGUGGCAUCCAUUCACCAUCACCUCUUGCCCAUACGACCCUUAUGUUUCGAUCCACGUUCGCCAAGUUGGUGACUUCACCCGUGCUCUCGCGGAUGCUCUUGGUGCGGGUCCUUCUCAGGCAAAGCUUUACGAUGAUAUGGACCCCAAUGGCAUGUAUGAGAUUGCACUCCAGCACGGACAGGAGAUGCCCGCAAUCCGUAUCGACGGUCCCUACGGAGCACCGGCUGAAGACGUCUUCGACAACGAAAUCGCGGUUCUCAUCGGAACGGGUAUCGGUGUAACCCCUUGGGCUGCCAUUUUGAAAAACAUUUGGCACAUGCGUCUCUCGCCCAACCCACCCAAACGUCUCCGCCGUGUGGAAUUCAUCUGGGUGUGCAAAGAUACCAGUUCUUUUGAAUGGUUCCAGGCGCUGCUGUCGUCUCUCGAGGCGCAAUCGCCGGGAUCCGGCCCCAACGGAAACGAAGAUUUCCUGCGCAUCCACACCUACCUCACUCAAAAGGUCGACGUCGACACUGCCAACAACAUUGUCCUCAAUUCCGUCGGCACUGACAAGGAUCCCCUCACCGAGCUCAAGUCUCGCACCAACUUUGGCCGGCCCGACUUCAGCAAGCUCUUUGUCGGCAUGCGCGACGGUAUCAUGACGCGCAGCUACAUGAGCGGUCUGGAGAGCAGUCUACGGACUGACGUUGGUGUGUACUUCUGCGGUCCUAGCGUCGCUGCUCGCGAUAUCAACAAGGCCUGCAAGGCCGCAACGUCUCCGGACGUGCGGUUCAGGUUCUGGAAGGAGCACUUCUAG